GAUUGGUCGCUGCUCGGUGACGUCACCGCGCCAUUCGCGGAAGUGGGGCAAAAGUCACGGCGGAUCACGCAGACUUUCACAGCAAAAAACAUAUCACCUCAAUCAUCGUAAACACAAAAAACAUACAUCAUCUGAAGAUGUCAGCGCCUUUGAGUUUCGACGGCAGAGUCGUGCUGGUGACCGGAGCCGGAGGAGGUUUGGGGAGGGAAUAUGCGCUGGCGUUCGGUCAGAGAGGAGCCGCUGUCAUCGUCAAUGAUCUGGGAGGAGAUAUUAAAGGAGGUGGCAGGAGCUCAGCAGCCGCUGAUAAAGUGGUGGAGGAGAUCAGAGCUAAAGGAGGCAAAGCCGUGGCCAAUUACGAUUCAGUGGAAGAUGGUGAGAAGCUCAUCCAGACGGCGCUGGACGCAUUUGGCCGAAUAGAUAUUGUGGUGAAUAACGCCGGGAUUCUGCGGGACCGAUCAUUCGCUAGGACCAGCGAUGCAGACUGGGACCUGAUUCAGCGCGUGCACCUGAGGGGCUCCUUCCUCGUCACGAGGGCCGCCUGGAACCACAUGAAGAACCAGAAGUUUGGGAGGAUCAUCAUGACGUCGUCCGCGGCGGGAAUCUACGGGAACUUCGGCCAGGCCAACUACAGCGCGGCCAAGCUAGGUCUGCUGGGUCUCUCCAACACGCUGGCCAUCGAAGGCCAGAAGUACAGCAUCCACUGCAACACCAUCGCUCCGACCGCAGGAUCCCGCCUCACCGAGACCGUCAUGCCUCCAGAUCUGGUGCAGUCGCUGAGGGCCGAGUACGUGGCUCCGCUGGUGCUGUGGCUGUGUCAUGAAGCGUGUCAGGAGAACGGAGGGCUGUUCGAGGUCGGCGCCGGAUGGAUCGGCAAAUUGCGCUGGGAGAGGAGUCUGGGCCGAACCGUGCGGCAGAAGAACAAGAGCAUGACGCCGGAGGCUGUGCGAGACGCUUGGAACGAGAUCUGUGACUUCACUGAUGCCAGCAAACCCGCCAGCAUCCAGGAGUCGCUGCAGACGCUGGUGGAGGUUCUGUCCAGAGUGGAAGAUGAACCUGGAAUCAGAGCCAAUCCGACCGGAGCGACCGCCGGCACAAACCCUUCGUCGGCUGUGGGACAGACGCUGCCGGAGAUGAGCUUCUCGUACACACACAUGAACUGUAUUCUGUACGCUCUGGGAGUGGGGAUGUCCAGCAGAGAGCCUGACCAACUCAAGUUCCUCUACGAAGGCCACGAGGACUUCAGCUGUCUGCCCACGUUUGGAGUGAUUCCGGCCCAGAGCGCCAUGACGGGCCUCGGCAGCAUCCCAGGCCUCAACAUCGACUUCACCAGGCUGCUGCACGGAGAGCAGUAUCUGGAGAUGUUCAGAGCGCUGCCCACCUCAGGGACGCUGACGUCUCGGGCCACGGUGGCAGAUGUGCUGGAUAAAGGGUCAGGAAUGGUCAUCCUGCUGGACGUUUAUACGUACAGCGGGCGUGAGCUGGUGUGUUAUAAUCAGUUCUCGGUGUUCGUUGUUGGCGCUGGAGGAUUCGGAGGGAAGCGGACGUCCCAGAAGGCUGUGGUCACAGCUCCUCUUCCAGACAGAGCUCCAGACACUGUGAUUGUAGAUCAGACAUCUAGAGAUCAGGCGGCUCUGUACCGACUGAGCGGUGACUGGAACCCGCUGCACAUCGACCCCAGUUUCGCCGCAAUGGGAGGUAAAGACGCUCUUUAA